CGACAUUCGGCUACGCGACCAAAGGGCUCUGUAAAGGACGCUGCCGGCCCGAUCUACCAGGAGACUGUAGAAAUGGCAACCCCACCUCCGGUCCAUCCCAAGGACAGCUCUGGUUACGACAAUCUCAGCCAAAAGCAGCCAGAACCGAAGGAUUCUGCUGGUCCCAUCUACCAGGAGGCAAUUCCCCGUUCGACUCGAGCUCACUCCAAGGUAGACAGCUCCAGCUACGACAACGUCAGCCAAAAGCACCCAGAACCGAAGGACUCUGCUGGUACCAUCUAUCAGGAGCCUAGUGGAAUGACAAGCUCACCUCUGAACCACUCGGCUGAUGCAUCAGCGUACGCCAAGGCAGGUCAACAGCCGCCAGAACCGGUGUACCACGGCAUCUCACCGACCUCUCCUCAGGUUGUCUACGACAAUGAAAGCGUGUACCUUGCCGGUAGCAAUUCUCGUCGCGUUCGUGAAGGCUUGACCAUUGUGAAGCACCUUGCCAGCGGAAAUUUUGGCGACGUGUCACUGGGUCAAGUGCCGUUUAACGUUCUGCCCCCGCGAGCACAAACGUUGCUUGGACCUGUAUCGUCCGAAACCGUGCAGGUUGCAGUCAAGAGUCUCAAGUCUGAUGCUGACAAGAAAUCUCGUCAAGACUUUGAGAGCGAGGCGAAACUGAUGGCGCCGUUUGUGCAUCCGAACGUCGUGCGUCUGCUUGCGGCUCUUGUAGCGUCAGAGCCUCAUCUCGUGCUGUUGGAGUUUGUGCAGUAUGGCGAUUUGCGCACGCUGCUGCAAAAGUCCAAGCUCCACUCGCUUUGGUGGACUCAGAACGAGCAGGUGCAUGCCAUCCGUCAGAUUGCUUUCGGUAUGGAGUAUCUGGGCACGCUCCACUUUGUGCACCGCGAUCUCGCUGCGCGCAACUGCCUCGUGGGACAAGGAAUGGUGGUCAAGAUUGCCGAUUUCGGGCUUUCUCGCGAGCUGGCCGACGAGAACGAUUAUUAUCGCAUGCAAACGCGUAGCAAACUUCCUGUGAAGUGGAUGGCACCAGAAACAAUGACCUUCCGCAAGUUCUCUACCAUGUCCGAUGUCUGGUCGUUUGGUGUGACCGCCUGGGAAUGCUCCAGCUAUGGUGCAACGCCAUACGGCAUGCUGAAAGCCACGGAGACAUUGGCUCAUGUGGAGGCUGGCGGUCGACUGCCCAUGCCGGAAACCUGCAUGCCCGAGCUGUACCACAUGAUGAUGAGUUGCUGGAAUGUGACACCGGAAUUCCGUCCAAGCUUUUCGCAGCUCGUCAAAGGUUUGAAAAACUUUGAUGAUGGGACGGCCGUCCGCGACAUUGGUGCAAUGCUUUAG